UCGAACCAUGGGGCCCCAUGUGUCCACUUUACACCCAUCCCAGCUGUGUCCACACUGACUUUUCCUCCGUCAAGUAGGAUUUUAAUUUUCCUCCGUCAAGGUGGAGUAAAGAGAUGCAGAAAGUAGUCAUUGUAACUGGCGCCAACAGUGGCAUCGGUCUGGCCCUGUGUGAAAGGCUCCUGACUGAGGACCCCCAGCUGCUCUUGUGUCUGGCAUGCAGGAACAUGCAGAAGGCCCAAGCUGCCCGCCGUGCCCUUCUGACCUCCCACGCCCACGCCCACCUGGAUCUACUGCACCUGGAUGUGGCCUCUGUGCAGUCCGUGCUGGCGGCGGCCCGGGAGCUUCAGUCCAGGUACAAUAGAGUGGACUUUUUGUACCUGAAUGCAGGAAUUAUGCCCAAUCCACAAGUGGACUUCAAAGCUUUUGUCAAGGGUCUGUUCUCCAGGAACGUGGUCAACAUGUUUGCCACCGCAGAGGGUCUCCUCACCCAGCAGGACCGCCUCAACCCUGACGGUCUGCAGGAGGUCUUUGCUACCAACCUCUUUGGUCAUUUUCUCCUGAUCAGAGAGCUGGAGCCUCUGCUGUGUCAGGAGGCUCACACGUCUCGUCUGGUGUGGACCUCCUCCAGCAACGCCCGGCGCAGCGCCUUCAGCGUGGAAGACAUCCAACACAGGAAGGGGUCAGAGCCCUACAGCUCCUCCAAGUACGCCUGUGACAUGCUCAGUGUGGCCCUCAACACGCACCACAACAGCCAGGGGCUUUUCUCCUCGGUGAUAUGUCCAGGACUGGUCAUGACCAACCUAACUUACGGGAUCCUGCCAUCCUUCUUUUGGACUCUCAUCAUGCCAGUCAUGUGGCUGAUCAGGAUCUUCACCCACACCUUCACUCUCACACCCUACAACGGAGCAGAGUCUCUGCACUGGCUGUUCCUUCAAAGCCCCGAGUCUCUGGACCCCCGGGCAAAGUAUCACAGCUUAACGUCGGGAUUUGGGACAAACUACACGGAACCACGGCAGAUGGACGUUGACGACAGCAUGUGCCAAGUGCUUUAUGAGGAACUCCUUCUGCUGGAGAAGGAAGUCAGGAGAAGAUGUCGUUAGAAAAGAGUUAAUUAACUGGAGUGUAAUGACAUCCACUGUACGUAAAGGCUGCGUUUACCUCUGGACCCACUGAUAAAUGCUCUUAUUUACCUGGC